UGCCUGAAGAACAGCUGCACAACAUCGAUGAGUAUGAUCUCAACGUCGUGCGCCUCUGCUUCCAAGCUUUCCUCCCUGACGAACACGGCAACUACACGUUAGCUCUUCCUCCUUUGAUUUCCAACCCAAUCUAUGACAACAGAGCUCCCAACACAGCAGAACUAAGAAUCUGUCGUGUGAACAAGAACUGUGGAAGUGUCAAAGGAGGAGAUGAAAUAUUUCUGCUGUGUGACAAAGUUCAAAAAGAUGAUAUCGAAGUCAGAUUUGUCUUGGACAACUGGGAGGCCAAAGGUUCCUUCUCACAAGCUGACGUUCACCGCCAAGUUGCGAUUGUGUUCCGAACGCCGCCCUUCCUCAAAGACAUCACCGAGCCCGUCACGGUGAAGAUGCAGCUGCGAAGACCUUCAGACCAGGAAGUCAGUGAACCUAUGGAUUUCAGAUACCUACCAGAUGAAAAGGAUCCGUAUGGCAACAAAGCAAAAAGGCAAAGAUCGACGUUGGCUUGGCAGAAACUCAUACAGGACUGUGGAUCCAAUGCGACGGAGAGGCCCAAAGUCGCCCCGUUCCCCGCUGUCACUCCUGAAGGGAAGCUGAUUAAGAAAGAACCGAACAUGUUUUCAGCCACCCUGAUGAUGCCGGGGCUAGGAACCCUGGCCAGCGCUAGUCAGAUCUACCCUGUCUGCAACCAGAUUGCCCAUCAGCCUGCGCAGGGCGGGCCGGGGAAGCAGGACGUCUCCUCGUGCUGGCAGCAGCUGUACAGCGCUCCCUCUUCCGCCGGCAGCCUGCUCAGCGCCCACCCGCCGAACAGCUUUGCGGCAGACGUGCCUCCGCCCGCUGCGCCGGGCAGCGGCUCGCUCACGGCUUUCCACGAGAACCCUCUGAACUGGCCCGAUGAGAAGGAUUCGGGCUUCUUCCGGAAUUUUGGCAGCACGAACGGGAUGGGAGCGGCGGCAGCGUCGACCGCAGACAUGCAGAGCGUUUCUAGCAGCAGCAUCGCGCACCAGGCUCACGCCGCCAGCGUCUCCACAGCCGGCAUCGUCAGCAUGGAGACCGAUGACAUGAACUGCGCCAGCAUAAACUUCGAAAAGUACAACCCCGUGUUAAACGCGAGCAACCACAGGCAGCAGCUCCAUCAGGUGCCGCCAGCUUGCCCCUCCGUAGCAGCCCCGGGCAGCACGCCUUUCAAUUCCCAGUCUAACUUACCUGACCCUGCAGUUUACGGUUUUAUAGACCAAGAAGUCUUAGGGGAAUCAAGACUAUCCACCAACCCGCUCCCAAACCAUCAGAACAGCCUUGCAGAUAACCAGUACUACGACACCGACGGUGUCCACACUGACGAGCUCUAUCAGUCCUUCCAAUUUGAUAACAUAUUACAAAGCUAUAACCACUGA